CGUGGAAGAAUGGGGCUACUUUGGACCGGCACCUGGAUUCUGGUGUUGGUACUUUACAACGGCCCAAUUCAAGCUUUCCCCAAACCGGGAGGCAGCCAAGACAAAUCUAUACUCCACAAUAGAGAAUUGAGUGCAGAAAGACCUUUGAAUGAACAGAUUGCUGAAGCAGAAGCUGAUAAGGUUAAAACUAUAUACCCUCCAGAAAACAACUCAGGAAAAAGCAAUUAUUCCUUUGCUGAUAACUUGAACCUGCUAAAGGCAAUAACAGAAAAACAAAAAAUUGAGAAAGAAAAACAAUCCUUAAGAAGCUAUGAUAAUAAAUUGAAUGUGGAAGAUGUUGAUUCAACCAAAAAUCGAAGACUAAUUGAUGAUUAUGAUUCUACUAAGAGUGGACUGGAACAUAAAUUUCAAGAUGAUCCAGAUGGCCUUCACCAACUAGAUGGAACUCCUCUAACUGCUGAAGACAUUGUUCAAAAAAUUGCUACGAGGAUCUAUGAGGAAAAUGACAGAGCAGUGUUUGACAAGAUCGUUUCUAAGCUGCUGAAUCUUGGCCUAAUCACAGAAAGUCAGGCACACACACUGGAAGAUGAAGUAGCAGAGGUUUUACAAAAAUUAAUCUCAAAGGAAGCCAACAAUUAUGAAGAGGAGCCCAGUAAACCCACACGCAGAACAGAGAGCCAGGAUGGAAAAAUACCAGAGAAAGUGACUCCCCUGGCAACAAUUCAAGAUGGUUUUACUAAUGGAGAAAAUGAUGAAACAGUAUCUAAUACCUUAACCUUGACAAAUGGCUUGGAAAGGAGAACUAAAACCUACAGUGAAGACAACUUUGAGGAACUCCAAUACUUCCCAAACUUCUAUGCAUUACUGAAAAGUAUUGAUUCAGAAAAAGAGGCAAAGGAGAAAGAAACACUUAUUACUAUCAUGAAAACAUUGAUUGACUUUGUGAAGAUGAUGGUAAAAUAUGGCACAAUAUCUCCAGAAGAAGGCGUUUCCUACCUUGAAAACUUGGAUGAAAUGAUUGCUCUCCAGACCAAGAACAAACUAGAAAAAAAUGCUACUGACAAUAAAAGCAAGGCUUUACCGGCCCCAUCUGAGAAGAGUCAUGAGGAGACAGACAGUACCAAGGAAGAAGCAGCUAAGAUGGAAAAGGAAUAUGGAACUUUGAAGGAUUCCACAAAAGAGGAUAACUCCUACCUAGGAGGGAAGGCAGAAGAAUCCAAAGGGAAAUCAGAAGCCUAUUUGGAAGCUAUCAGAAAAAAUAUUGAAUGGCUGAAGAAACAUGACAAAAAGGGAAAUAAAGAAGAUUAUGACCUUUCAAAGAUGAAGGACUUUAUCACCCAGCAAGCUGAUGCUUAUGUGGAGAAAGGCAUCCUUGGUAAAGACGAAGCUGAUGCCAUCAAGCGCAUCUACAGUAGCCUGUAAAAAUGGCAGAGGAACCAGGCAUCUUUUGACUGUUUCAGAAAACAUAAUAUAGCUUUUUAAAACAUCUCUACUUCUGUGAUUAAAGUGAUCUUGACCUAAGGAUUAUUAGAAAGUACUAAAUUUAUAGUAAUAAACCUUUUAGAAGUGGUUGAAAUAUAACUUUCUUGCCAUAAACACUAUCUGAAAAGUAAAGUUGCAUAUAAGCUGA